UCAGCUUGGAUUUAAGGAUCUCUCUUAAAAUGAAACUUUAAGAUUCCUUGUGGUUUCCGACGUGUCCCGAAGAAAGCCCAUACGAUGGCUCAGACCAGUUUGCUGCAAGGAAAACAGUUUUAUUGCCGAGAGUGGGUUUUUCACAAGCUCCAGCACUGCCUCCAGGAGAAGACAAGCUGCAGCAACAGCUCUGCCAGCAAACCAUCCAUUGUGCUCAAUUCUGGUACCAAUGCUUGCGUCAUCCCUGGAAAGGGUACCGCCUGGGGCGUGUUGUUGGUAGGAGGGCCCGGAAGUGGAAAGACAGCCCUCUGGACUGAGUUACUGUGGCCAAGCUCACCUGCCAGUCUGCAGAGAGGUUUGCAACAUCAUGCCCUGGCCUUCCACUUUUGCCGGGCUCAGGAUUCAGACACGCUCUGCGUUGGAGGGUUUAUCCGAGGGUUGGUGGCCCAGAUCGGGCGCAGCGGGCUGAUUCCAGGUUAUGAGGACAAACUGAGAGACCCUGCUGUUCAAAGCCUCUUGCAGCCUGGAGAGUGUGAGAGGAACCCUGCUGAAGCAUUUAAAAGGUGUAUUCUACUUCCCCUUCUGGGCGCCAAGCCUCCCCCACACAGUCUCUUCCUCCUCAUAGAUUCAGUGGAUGAGGGCUGUAACAUUGCAGAAGGUGACCAGACAUCUGCAAGCCUAUCUGGAACCAUAGCUGAGCUUCUAGCUAGUCACUAUGAGUUUUUUCCUCCAUGGCUGCUGCUCCUGUGUUCUGCCCGGAAACAGAGCAAAGCUGUUACUAAAAUGUUUACUGGCUUUCGAAAAAUAAGCCUUGAUGAUCUCCGGAAGGCAUAUAUCGUGAAAGAUGUUCAACAGUAUAUACUUCAUCGCUUAGAUCAAGAAGAAGCUCUGAGACAGCAUCUCACAAAAGAAACUGCAGAAAUGCUGAAUCAGCUUCACAUUAAAAGCAGUGGAUGUUUUCUGUACCUAGAACGUGUCUUAGAUGGUGUAGUAGAAAACUUCAUCAUGUUAAGAGAAAUCCGUGAUAUUCCUGGAACACUCAAUGGCCUUUAUCUUUGGCUUUGUCAGAGGCUUUUUGUGAGAAAACAGUUUGCAAAGGUCCAGCCUAUUCUGAAUGUAAUUCUGGCUGCAUGUAGGCCCCUAACUACCAUUGAAUUGUUUCAUGCAGUAUGGACCAAAAACAUGGCAUUGUCUAUGGAAGACUUCCAACGCAAACUAGAUGUUUUGUCAAAAGUUCUUAUUGACGGGCUUGGAAACACAAAGAUCCUUUUCCACUACAGUUUUGCAGAAUGGUUGCUGGAUGUAAAGCACUGUACUCAGAAGUAUUUGUGUAAUGCAGCAGAGGGACACAGAAUGCUAGCAAUGAGUUACACCUGCAGAGCUAAAGAUUUAACUCCACUGGAGGCUCAAGAAUUUGCUUUGCAUUUAAUUAAUUCAAACUUACAAUUGGAGACCUCCGAGCUGGCUUUGUGGAUGAUCUGGAAUGGUACACCUGUCAAAGAUUCUUUGUCAACAUUAAUCCCCAAAGAACAGGAAGUUUUACAGUUGCUUGUAAAAGCUGGUGCUCAUGUCAACAGUGGAGAUGAUCGGACAUCUUGCAUUGUACGGCAAGCUUUGGAAAGAGAAGAUUCCAUUCGAACCUUGCUAGAUAACGGUGCUUCAGUAAACCAGUGUGAUUCAAAUGGGAGAACUCUGUUGGCUAAUGCUGCAUAUAGUGGCAAUCUUGAUGUCGUCAAUUUGCUUGUUUCCAGAGGAGCAGAUUUAGAGGUUGAAGAUACACAUGGCCAGACAGCACUUACUUUAGCUGCUCGGCAGGGGCAUACCAAGGUUGUUAAUUGUUUGAUUGGCUGUGGUGCUAAUAUAAAUCACACGGAUCAUGAUGGUUGGACGGCUCUGAGAUCUGCAGCUUGGGGUGGGCACACUGAGGUGGUUUCUGCACUCCUCUAUGCUGGAGUAAAAGUAGACUGUGCUGAUGCAGACAGUCGUACAGCCUUGAGAGCAGCAGCCUGGGGAGGCCAUGAAGAUAUUGUGCUGAAUCUGUUGCAACAUGGAGCUGAGGUCAACAAAGCCGAUAAUGAAGGUAGAACUGCUUUAAUUGCUGCAGCAUACAUGGGUCAUAAAGAGAUUGUGGAGCAUCUGCUGGACCAUGGGGCAGAAGUAAACCAUGAGGAUGUGGAUGGAAGGACAGCUCUAUCUGUUGCCGCUCUCUGUGUACCUGCUAGUAAGGGACAUGCUUCAGUUGUGAGUCUUUUAAUUGACCGGGGUGCUGAGGUGGAUCAUUGUGACAAAGAUGGCAUGACUCCAUUGUUGGUUGCCGCCUACGAAGGGCAUGUAGAUGUUGUUGACUUGCUUCUGGAAGGUGGAGCAGAUGUGGAUCAUACUGAUAACAAUGGCCGCACACCCCUUCUUGCUGCGGCUUCAAUGGGCCAUGCUUCAGUUGUAAAUACUCUGUUGUUUUGGGGGGCUGCUGUGGAUAGCAUUGAUAGUGAAGGACGGACAGUUCUUAGCAUAGCCUCUGCACAAGGUAAUGUUGAAGUAGUACGGACUCUGCUGGAUAGAGGAUUAGAUGAAAAUCAUAGAGAUGAUGCAGGAUGGACACCUUUGCACAUGGCAGCUUUUGAAGGACACAGAUUAAUAUGUGAAGCGCUUAUAGAACAAGGUGCCCGAACAAAUGAAAUUGAUAAUGAUGGGCGGAUAGCUUUCAUAUUGGCAGCCCAGGAAGGUCACUAUGAUUGUGUGCAGACCUUACUGGAAAACAAAUCUAACAUUGAUCACAGAGGCUAUGAUGGGAGAAAUGGUCUCCGUGUUGCUGCUUUAGAAGGCCAUAGAGAUAUAGUUGAGCUGCUCUUCAGUCAUGGAGCUGAUGUGAACUACAAAGAUGCUGAUGGCCGGCCAACGCUUUACAUUUUGGCUUUAGAAAACCAGCUCACCAUGGCUGAAUAUUUUUUAGAAAAUGGUGCAAAUGUAGAAGCAAGUGAUGCUGAAGGAAGGACGGCACUUCAUGUUUCCUGCUGGCAGGGCCAUGUAGAGAUGGUACAGAUGCUGAUAACAUACCAUGCCAAUGUGAACGCAGCAGACAAUGAGAAGCGAUCGGCUCUGCAGUCUGCUGCAUGGCAAGGCCACGUCAAGGUAGUUCAGCUUUUGAUUGAGCAUGGAGCCCUGGUUGAUCAUACAUGUAAUCAAGGUGCUACUGCACUAUGUAUUGCAGCCCAAGAAGGGCACAUUGAUGUUGUGCAACUAUUACUGGAACAUGGUGCUGAUCCCAAUCAUGCAGAUCAAUUUGGGCGCACAGCUAUGCGUGUGGCUGCAAAAAACGGGCAUACACAGAUCAUUAAAUUAUUGGAAAAAUAUGGUGCUUCUACUCUAAAUGGCUGCACUCCUUCUCCAGUCCAUACGAUGGAGCAAAAACCUUUGCAGUCAGUAUCUUCAAAAAUGCAAUCCUUAACAAUAAAAUCAAAUAGCUCAGGGAGCACUGGUGGAGGAGAUAUGCAGCCUGCUUUGCGUGGCUUGUCAAAUGGGCCAGGUCAUGCUUUUAGUUCUCCUUCUGAAUCUCCUGAUUCUACAGUUGAUCGGCAGAAGUCUUCUCUAUCCAAUAAUUCCCUGAAAAGCUCAAAAAACUCUUCUCUUCGCACCACCUCAUCUACAGCAACUGCCCAGACGGUACCUAUCGAUAGUUUCCAUAGCAUGUCCUUUACAGAACAAAUACAGCAGCAUUCAUUGCCUCGCAGUAGAAGUAGGCAGUCCAUUGUUUCGCCUUCUUCCACAACUCAUUCCUUAAGUCAGAAUCAUAGUUCACCAAAUAGUGAAUUUGAGUGGAGCCAAGUGAAACCCAGCUUGAAAUCAACAAAAGCAAACAAAACAGGGAAAACAGAAAACACUAGCAAAUCUGGGUCUGCAGGGAAAAAAGUGAAACAGAGCACAGCUUCUCAACCAAAAGUCCUAGAAUAUGAAAUGACUCAGUUUGAUAAACGGAUACCUGUUGCCAAAUGUGGAGCCAGUAUUCCACUUAAAUCAAUGCCUACGGACACUCAGUGCAAAAUUUUGGUCCCUCCCACUCAGCAAGAAAUCUGCCGAUCACAACAGCAAUUCCUGAUCCACCAACAAAGUGGGGAACAGAAAAAGAGAAAUGGAAUAAUGACAAAUCCAAAUUACCAUCUUCAGAGCAAUCAGGUGUUUCUUGGCAGAGUUUCUGUCCCACGUACAGUACAGGAUCGGGGGCACCAGGAGGUUUUGGAAGGCUACCCAUCUGCAGAGACAGAACUAAGCCUCAAACAAGCCUUAAAACUCCAAAUUGAGGGAAAUGACCCAAGCUUCAACUAUAAAAAGGAAACACCAUUAUAAAAGGACAGUUCCAUAACAUCAUGAAUAGAAUGAUGAGCUUCUGCCUUCAAUGAUUUGUCAACUGGGCUGGGAUUGAAGCAUGUUUUGCUUGUUGAACCACCUUGAAAAUUACGAAUGUGAUCACUGCAGUAUGGUUACUUUGAUUACUGUAAUGUGCCUAAAAGUUUAAGGCUGCCUUCUCCAUGUAACUUCCUGUGCUUCAGAAAUUUUAUUUUGUGUAUUUUGUACUUAAUACACAGAAUAAGCACUUUUUCUUUCUUUUAGUAGCAAAACAAUAUAUGCUGUAUUUCUCUGACACAGCUGGAAAAAAAUUGUAAGUGCUAGGAAUUUUGAAUUUCCUGUUCAAGAAGGCUUGAUCAGUGUACACAUGUUACAGUGGACUGUAUAUUGAAAACAAUGCUUUCUGUAUUUAUUUUGUAUUCAUGUGGCAAAAGAAAGUC